AUGUCACCGAGCGCCACUGAUCCCAAAGAGGCCAACGAGAUCGAAGCUGCAUACUCCCAUGAGGAAGAGCAUGCCGACGAUGAAACCUCUUUGCAGCUCAAUUCCAGGCUCAGAUGGAAACUGGAUCUCUUCAUCUUGCCAGUGAUCUCAAUGGUCUAUUUUUUCGCACAAAUGGGCAGAUCCGACCUCGCCAAUGCCGAAGUCGCUGGACUUUCGGAUGAGUUGAAAUUAUCCCCUCAGGACUACUCGAAUGCUGCAACUGUGCUUCUGGUGGCCUACAUCGCCUUUCAAUUACCAGGCACACUCUUGAUUAAACAGAUCGGACCAGCAAGGCAGUUUGCAGGGGCGAUGAUCACUUGGGGAGCCCUUACGGCAGCCACAGUAUCCAUUCACAACAAAGGCGAAUUGUUCGCAUUGCGGUUUCUCAUCGGGGCCGCAGAGGCAUUUGUACAAGGCGGAGUAUUCUACCUGUCCUUUUGGUAUAGGUACAGUGAACUCGCUACACGUGGCGCCGUUUUCUAUUCCAUGUCCACGCUGGCAGGGGCCUUUAAUGGACUAAUUGCCUAUGGUAUCCAUAAGGACAUGGACGGUUUGCGCGGCUGGAGAGCUUGGCGCUGGAUAUUCCUGAUUGAGGGCAUCAUGCCAUGCGUGGCCGCAUUUUUCGUGCUAUUCCUGCUCCCAGCCAGUCCAGAAACCCUUCGGUUUGGCUUUACCGCGGAGGAAAAGGCGCUGGCAAUACGCCGCAGUCGCCUUGCACACAACACGUCCGAAGCAAAGCUGGAGAUCAAAAAGGUGCCGUUGGUGCUCCUGAGUCUGCAUUUCUGGCUCAUGCUGGGCAUUGCUUGCUGUGGGCAUUUCUGUGCUGGCUCAAUGUCGAACUUUCUUCCAGCCAUUAUCAAGGGCUUUGGCUACACUGAAGUGAAUACUCAGCUAUUUACCGUCAUCGUAUAUGCCUGCGCGUGCGUUGGGGUAUUAUUCUGGGCUCAGGUAGCUGAUCGGACAAACGCUCGAGGACUAACGCUUGCGGCAUCGACAUGCGGGGCUAUUGUAGGCUAUGCUCUACUGCUGGGGAUUGAGAACAAUCAAGCACGAUUUGGUGCGACUUGUCUUGUUGCGUUUUCGGUCUAUCCAAACAUCGUGCUUCAACUGUCUUGGACGGCCAUGAGCUUCAUUGGUUAUACGCGAAGGGGCUCUACGUUGGCUUUCAUGAACAUAUUCUCCCAGCUAUUUGCAAUUUGUGGAACGCAGGCCUAUAGUGAUCCACCAUAUUAUCGCAAAGGCAACGCAUCAGCUCUCGGGUUAUCCUGUGUUUGCUUGAUACUAUCUCUAGUUUUACGGUGGUAUUUUACCAUCUUGAAUAAAAGAAAAGCGGAAAUGCAGUUUACAGAAGAUGCGCGUGCACAGCGACAGAAGGGCCUGGAGGAGCUCGGGGACAAACAUCCAGACUUCUUUUACACAACUUAG